UUUACUGACACCAUUUUCCUUAUCUAAGGGCCAUGGAGACUGUUAUCAAUCAGCAUGGUCUUGAUAUGGACUCUUUGAAGUCAUCACGACUUCCAUUGGCUGCCGGAACUCAAACAGGAGAUUCUACAGGUGCACAAUAUGCGGGAUCUUCGCAGGUUGCUGGAGUUGCAAAUGAUUCCAAAAUAAGCUUGGCUGAAAAUGAGAUGUCCCCAUUUGCUUCUGGCAGGCCCCCUGCUGGCCCAAGUAGUACUGCCCAUCAUUAUUAUCAAGGAUCUGGAUCUCACAGAACUAGUCAGUCUUUUGAUCAUGAAAGUCCAUCUAGCUUAGACACCCGGUCUGCCAACUCACAAUCGCAAGAAAGAGGUGAAGGAAUGAAUCAAAAGGAUGGUAAAAAAGCAAUUACAAAGAGAAAGAGGGGUGAUUCAUCACAGGCUCAUGAACCUAACAUUGAUCACUCUCAGCAAGUUGAUGGUCACAACCCUGUAGUUAACCAGAGGAAAGGGAAAGUUAACAAGGUUGAGUCCUCGGGGGGUUUUUCAACAAAAGGUGAUGAUCCUAAUAGUUUCAGUAUGGGGCCAAAUAAUGGUCAAAUAGAACAUUUCCCAUCUUUAUCAGGGAAUAUGAGGGCAGCAGCCAUUAGCCAUUCGAUCCCAAGGGUGCCAAAUGCAAAAUAUCCUGAAGAGGUAGAAGUUUCCUCUGCUAAUAAUGCUUCAGGACAGCAGCAUGGUGGCUCAAUACCAUCUACAUAUGAAAUACUUUCUUCCAGGAAUGUAUGGAAUCACAAUAAAGCAGGGCUACCUUUAGAAAGAUCUCAAGUCCCCAGAUUUUCUUCUAAUGCAGUAUCAGGUAACAUGACAGCAGAUAUUCCAAUACAGCAGUCGGCUAGUUCCUCUGUCGGGGCAGUUGCAGGUGCUUUUGGGAAGUUCCACGGGGGAAUGCCUCUAACUUCUAGUUCAUAUCCUGAGAAAAGUGCAGAAGCACACAUGUUUUCAGAAAACCGAGGGGAUGAGAUUUCUACAGCAAUUUCUGCUGGAAAGGGUGGCAGGCAGAAUAGUAAUUCAGAGAUGUCAAUGAUCAGAACUUCAGCUUCUAGAGAUACUGGAAAAUCUGCUGUCUCUCAGCCAUCAUCAUUUUUUGCUAUGCCUUUCAAAGAACAACAGUUGAAGCAGCUCAGAGCACAGUGCCUUGUUUUUUUGGCUUUCAGAAACGGUUUGAUGCCAAAGAAAUUGCACCUUGAGAUUGCAUUUGGAAAUAUCUUUCCUAAAGAGGACAGCUCCCGCAAAGAAUUGGUUGAUCUUAAAGGGAAAGGUCAAUCUUCUAAUGAGCUUAAUUGCACUCCUGAAGUCUUAAUGCCAUCUCCAAAGGUGGAUAGUGUGAGGGCAGCUGAUAGAGUUCCCUUAGGUGGGUCAACUGUUGGAAGAUCACUGGAGGUUGACUCAUUCAAAGAGGCUGAGAAAUCAAAAAUGGAGGACAGGAAUUGCCAAACCUCUGAGCUCUCCCUGGUUUCUGAUGAAAGGAAACAUCUUUUAGCUGCAAGAAAAUCAGAAGCUGAAAUGCAAAGCCAGGAAAAUGUGGAAUUUCAACAACGUAUUUCUGCAAGUACAGGGAGUGAUCCAGCUGUUGGCAUAAAUAAGCAAAUGAACCCUGAGUUGUUGAGUUGGCCUGGAACUGGCAGCCAUAAUGAAGUUUUCAGGGGACUACAUCCAGGUUCUGCUGUUCAGAAUGAGUUAUUGGCAGAAAGAAAAGAUUACGCUCCUGGCCGUUUUCACAGUUUUGGUAACACUGCUCUCUCUGACGACCAACCUGCUGAUUGUAACUCCUUAUCCUUCGCUAAAAGAGAGCAUUGGAAACCUAUUUCAGGUAUUGACAAGAAUCACGCAAUGAUUCCAACGAAGGAUGUUAAUUUGGGGUUAAAACAUGUGUGCCAGGAUGAUCCAAAGUUAUCUGAAUUUCAAACAAGGUGCAUUUCAGAUGGGGCCAAUGUUAAUCCAGUUAAUGACACAUCAAAAAAUGGUAGCUUUUAUAGAGAAGAACAAGAGGAGGAAGAUAGGAUCAUAUCUAGUGAUUUGCUGCCAUCACCAAAGUAUACCAUGUUGGAAAAGUGGAUUAUGGAUCAGCAGAAAAAGAAGCUUUUGGUUGAGCAAAAUUGGGUUCUGAGACAGCAAAAUUCCGAUAAAAAAAUUGCUGCUUGUUUUAACACAUUAAAGGAAAAUGUGAGCUUAUCUGAAGAUAUUUCUGCAAAGACCAAAAGUGUAAUAGAACUGAAAAAACUUCAAUUAUUGGGGCUUCAACGUCGCUUGCGGCGUGAUUUUCUUAAUGAUUUUUUCAAACCCAUUUCUACUGAUAUGGAGCGCCUGAGGACAUAUAAGAAACAUAGGCAUGGGCGAAGGAUAAAACAACUUGAAAAAUUUGAGCAGAGAAUGAAGGAAGAGCGACAAAGGAGAAUUCGUGAGAGGCAGAAGGAAUUCUUCAGUGAAAUCGAAGUUCACAAGGAAAGGCUGGAGGAUGCAUUCAAAAUUAGGAGAGAACGAUGGAAGGGUUUCAAUAAAUACGUGAAGGAGUUCCACAAGAGAAAGGAACGUACCCAUCGUGAGAAGAUUGACAGAAUUCAGCGUGAGAAGAUCAAUUUAUUAAAAAUAAAUGAUGUGGAGGGAUAUCUGCGAAUGGUGCAGGAUGCAAAAUCAGAUCGUGUAAAGCAACUGCUUAAGGAGACUGAGAAAUAUCUUCAGAAACUUGGGUCCAAGCUACAGGAUGCAAAGUCUACGGCUAGGCAUUUUGAGAAUGAUGCGGAUGAAACGCGAUCUCCAAAUUUUAUUGAGAAGAAUGAAACUACAGUUGAGAAUGAAGAUGAAAGUGACCAGGCCAAGCACUACAUGGAAAGCAAUGAGAAGUACUAUAAAAUGGCGCACAGCAUCAAGGAGAACAUCACGGAACAGCCAACUUGUCUAAAGGGUGGAAAGUUAAGAGAGUAUCAGAUGAAUGGCCUAAGAUGGUUAGUAUCACUUUAUAACAAUCAUCUGAAUGGCAUACUUGCUGACGAAAUGGGCCUUGGGAAAACUGUUCAGGUCAUUUCCCUGAUUUGUUACCUGAUGGAAACCAAAAAUGAUAGAGGACCUUUUUUAGUAGUUGUCCCUUCUUCAGUUCUACCCGGUUGGGAAUCGGAAAUCAACUUCUGGGCCCCUAGAGUACAUAAAAUUGUCUAUGCUGGGCCUCCAGAAGAGAGGCGUAGGUUAUUCAGGGAGCAAAUUGUUCAUCAGAAAUUCAAUGUACUUCUGACAACAUAUGAGUAUCUGAUGAACAAGCAUGAUAGACCUAAAUUGAGCAAAAUACAUUGGCAUUAUAUUAUAAUUGAUGAAGGCCAUCGUAUCAAGAAUGCGUCUUGCAAGUUAAAUGCAGAUUUGAAGCACUAUCAAAGUUCUCAUCGGUUGCUAUUAACAGGAACACCACUACAGAACAAUCUGGAGGAAUUGUGGGCACUGCUCAAUUUCUUACUGCCUAAUAUAUUUAAUUCAUCAGAGGAUUUUUCUCAAUGGUUCAACAAACCAUUUGAGAGUAACGGGGAUAAUUCAGCAGAUGAAGCUUUACUAUCUGAAGAGGAAAAUCUAUUGAUCAUAAACCGUCUUCACCAAGUUCUUCGACCAUUUGUACUUCGACGACUGAAACAUAAGGUUGAAAAUGAACUUCCUGAAAAGAUCGAGAGACUUAUAAGAUGCGAGGCUUCUGCAUAUCAGAAGCUAUUGAUGAAGAGGGUUGAAGAGAAUCUUGGUUCAAUUGGAAAUUCAAAGGCUAGAUCAGUUCACAACACCGUGAUGGAACUUCGUAAUAUAUGUAAUCAUCCAUAUCUUAGCCAGCUUCACGCAGAUGAGGUAUGCUUUCUUGUGUGCACUGAGGUGUACUUUGAUCUUUAUAAACAACUAAGCAGGACUAUUGAAAGAAAAUAUUUCUAA